AUGUGUAUAGCAAUUGAAUUUGCUCCUAAUGGAUCAUUAGGUCAUAUAUUAAAGAAAAUUAAAUUAACUUAUGAACAAAAAUUAAAAUUUAUGAUUGAUUGUUGUAAAGGUAUGACAAUGAUGCAUUCUUUUAAUAUUAUUCAUAGAGAUCUUAAACCUGAUAAUUUAUUAAUGUUUUGUGUAGAUCAAAUUAAUCCAAUGAUAGUUAAUUGUAAAAUAACUGAUUUUGGUACAUCUAGAGCAGUACAAGAAUAUGAAGGAAAUUAUACUUGUGGAGUAGGUACUCCUGUAUAUAUGGCACCUGAAUUACUUAGUAAAGAACCUUAUACAAUAACAGCAGAUCAAUUUAGUUUUGCUAUUAUGAUGUAUGAAGUAUAUAUUCAAGGAAAACCUUAUUCUUCUGAUCAAUUUAAAAUGCCUUGGGAUAUUGCUAAAUUUGUUAUUGCAGGAAAAAGAUUAGAACGUAAAGAUAAUAUGACUGAUGUUUGGUGGAAUAUUAUUACUCAAUGUUGGGAUCAUAUUCCUUCUAAAAGACCUCCAUUUAAAGAUAUUACAAUUAUUUUACAAAAUGAACUUGCAAAAUUGAUUCCUUCAUUUGCAGAAAAUAAAGAAAUUACAUCUCCACAAAAAUUAAGAGAAGAAUCUAUAGAUCCAAAUAUGAAAACAAAUACAACAACUACUACAACUACAACUACUACAUUAACUUCUACAAUUAAUUCGGAUAUAGGAUAUAAUACAAAUCAAACUGGAAUGUCUAAAUUUAUUAAUACAACAACAGAUGACUUUGAAAUAAAUUAA